CCUUGACAUUUUAUUUCCCGCGAAAUUUAACUUCCUGCUAAAAAUAAACAAUAAUAUACAUGGAUCCAUCAGAAGUAGAGUUUUUGGCAGAGAAGGAAUUUGUCACAGUCGUUCCAAAUUUUGCAUUAGAUAAAAUUUAUCUGAUAGGGGGAGACAUUGGACCUUUAACACCUGGUUUACCUGUGCAGGUUCCAUUAUGGAUGGCUGUGAACCUAAAGCAAGGACAAAAGUGUAGAAUAGUCCCUCCUGAGUGGAUGGAUAUUGACCGCCUCCAGGACAAGAAACAAGAAGAAACAGAUUCUAAAUUUUUCACAAAAAUGCCAUGUGACCAUUACAUUGAAGUUACCCAGCUGUUACUGAAAAGUGCCACAGAUGACAUCCCUCAUGCCGAUGAAAUUCGGACUCUUGUGAAGGAUAUCUGGGAUUUAAGGAUCGCCAAACUACGAAGCAGUAUUGAUACUUUUGUGAAGAGUGAUGCCACACACGCUAAGCUGAACUUUUUGACAUUGAUGGAACUGAAUACUGUGCGGCCCUUCCUUACAAAAGCCUUAGAUCAAAUGCAUGUUUUACGAUCUAAUAAUAAUGGAAGAAUUCAAUCAACUCAGGAAUAAUAAAUUAUUUAUUUUUAUAA